AUGGCAAUCGCCUGCAAAACAGCAGACAUCUCGGCCCCCGAGGGCCCCGCGGGCUACUCCUGCAAGGAGGUCUCAGCAGUUACCGUGAAUGACUUUGUCUUCUCAGGCCUCGGCGUGGCUGGGAACACCUCUAACCUCAUCAAGGCUGCGGUGACCACGGCAUUUGUAAACCAGUUCCCUGGCCUGAAUGGGCUCGGCAUCUCCCUGGCCCGCUUGGACAUAGCCCCUGGUGGGGUCAUUCCAUUGCACACGCACCCAGGUGGCUCGGAGGUCCUCCUUGUCCUUCAAGGGUCGAUUUGUGCCAGGUUCAUUUCAUCAUCAGCGAACACCGUCUACUUGAAGACCCUCAACAAAGGGGAUAGCAUGAUUUUCCCUCAGGGGCUAUUGCACUUCCAAUUGAAUGCUGGUAAAGGUGCAGCACUUGCCGUAGUCAGCUUCAGCAGUCCGAGCCCUGGGCUUCAAAUCUUGGACUUUGCUCUGUUCACUAAUAAUUUUCCUUCUGAGUUGGUGGAGGCCACCACUUUCCUUGAUGAUGCUCAGGUCAAGAAGCUCAAGGGCAUUCUUGGUGGCACUGGCUAA